AUGUUGGUGAAGCAGCUCGUCAAAGAAAAGAUACUUUCUACUUUGCUCUUGUCGAACGUCUCUGAUGAAGUUGUUAAGAGGAUGACUGAGCGUGUUGCCGAAGCCCACGAGGAAGUCUCCAAGCUCCAUGCUCUGACCCUUACAGAUCAGGCCAAAGCUGCCCAGGGCGCGAAGCCCCGUAGGGUGGAGUCUGAGCAAGAAAAGGAGGAUUUCGACAAAUUCAAGGAUUUCGACAUCCAGGAUCGAUUUGGUCCAGACGUGAAGGUUCCUGCCACGUUGGUGCCCCCUACCGCUUGCUCAACCGUCUAUCGAGCUAUCACAUUGCGGCCCCCGAGUUCUUAG